AUGUGCCCACCACCAAACCCAUCCAGCCUCACGCCCCAAGCCCCUCAACCCCCAACCCCCAUCCCCUCCAACGUCCCCACCGACCCCAUAUCCCAAGCCGCCUACAACCACGCCGCCACAAACCUCCACCCCACAAUCCUCGCCCACAGCCUCCGCGUCUACACGCACGCCCUCCACCUCUCCCAACGCGAAAACUCCGUCCCCUGGCACCACCCCUCACACCUCCCCCUCCUCUUCACCGCCUGCAUCUUCCACGACAUCGGCACCACCCCCCUCCACAACACGAGCCCCACCACCCGCUUCGAAAUCGAAGGCGCCGACGCCGCUGUCGCCUUCCUCUCCCAACACAACAUCCCCCAGCCGGAGAAACACGCCGUCUGGACCGCCAUCGCCCUGCACGAUACGCCGCAGAUCGCCGAGCGCAUCGCGCCUUUAUCCCGCCUCGUGCGACUCGGCGUCGCGAUAGAUUUCAAACGGCCCGCGGCGCUGGAGCUGGUGAGCGCGGAAUGGGUGGAGGAGGUCGAAGCGCAGUUCCCGCGGGGCGAGAUUGAGAAGGUUUUGGGGGAUGUGGUUGUGGAGCAGGCGUUGGAGGCUCCGGAGAAGGCGCCGGCGGCUUGUUGGCCUGGGGGGUUGUUGAGGAGUAAGUUGGAGAAUCCAGGGUGGGAGGGGGUUAAUAAGGCUUUUUGA